AUGACGAUGAUUGCCAUAGAGUCCGAACAGGCGAGGCCAAAAGAAGACCUCGUGCCAAAAAUGGAGCCAACUAGCUCUCAAAGAACAUUAACCCGCUCUAGUGCUAUAAGUCAAAAGUCAGUAGACAUAGUGGUGCCGGAGAGUUCAAACAAUCCAUUAUAUCGAUCAAAAUUAGCACCAGUAAGAUCUUCAUCGGAAUCUCAGACUUCUGGUAAAAAAAUACUCAACUUAAGAAAGACUAAAAACUCAUCGAUAGAGUCCACGAUGAGUUUACCAAAUCAGAAAUCGUUGGAAAAGAAACACGGUGGUCUAAGACAUCAGAAGUCCAUUGUGGCCCAUUCUGACAUAACACUAAGCACACAGCCAACCAUGUCAGACGACAGAAAGGCGCUACGGGAAGCUUUAUAUCAGGGCAUCUUCCACAGACACAGGCGGACAAUAUUUGCUGUCGGUUCGUUUCUUAGAAUGCUUAGAAGCAAAACGUCCAAUUACGAUUCUAUUAGAUCGGAAUCAGAUGAAAUUUAGCAAAACCAGUAGUGCCGAAGUAGUUUUCUAUAUCGUUGGUGAUGCAGAGAGACUGCAGUGCUUUUGAAUGUUAAUGUUAAUUAGUUGUAGUAAUCCUUAUCCCAAAACCCACAAGUUUUGUACGAUAGUGGCGUGAUGGUGGGGAUAUUUGCCAUUCUUUAUGUUUUGUUAAAAAUAUUAGUCUUGUAACUUUCCAUGAGACUACAUAAUGUAACACGAUAUAAAUGCAACCUAAACAAUAAAAUAUAAAAAAAAUGGAGUAUAAUGUGACAUGAUGAUUCGAAGCCUGUAUUACGAUAUCGCGUGACCUUUACGCUCAAGGACGCUUAUUGUAAAACUGAAGUAAACUUUGUGGUGUAAAAUAAAAACCUUCAGAUUUUUCUGUACUUCUUGUAAUUUAUGUGGAAUAGAUAGACUUAGUCUUAGGGUCGUCAGUUUGUAAGUUAUCACCACACUUUGCAACACCAAACUAAACAGAAAUAUCGACCCAAGCACAUCCCGAUUAGUACUUUUAUCCCUGUCUACCAUGUUGCCAAUUGAACGAACAGAAGGAACAUUAAGACUCUAUAUUUUGCCCUAUUUCAUUUAAGGUCCGUACAGACGUUACUUACUGGCACGUUGCAUUUUAGUUAUUGUGGGGGGUUACAAGUAUCUAAUGAGUUUAAAUAUUAAACGUAUAUUUUACUAACAUGUACAUAUUUAUGUAUUAACGGAAAGCAUUUAAUUUAAUGUUUAUUGCGUGGCGUGUUAUAAAUCUUUAUUUACAGAUAAUGUUUAUUUAUAAGUCCAUAUUUUCGUGUACGGAAAGUAAAAAUGUGUAGAAUGUUUAAAUAAAGUUCAAUACAAAACCGCCCAGAGUUGAUAAAAACACAUUACACUCACGAAUUGCGUCUGCAAAUUAUUUUUAACGAUGGAUUGUAAUAAUAUAAUUGAACGCAAGUGUUGUUAAGCGACACUGCGCUUGACAACAGCUGUGUCCCUCGUACCAUAAAAUCGGAACGCGCUGGGAUGAACGACGCGGGAAAAAAUGUCGCUUUAUCAAUAAUUUAUCAACUCUCAGCGAACAGUAGGUACUAUUUUAUUUAUCAAAUACGAAUAGUAUUUGUAUUUAUAACCCAACAAACAAUAAGUUUGCAAAUUUCAAGGAAAUUUAGAUAUUCAAAACCAAUCAGAGCUUUUAUUAAAAUUAUGUUUAUUAUAAUAAUUAUAAUACUCGAUAAUUUUAUAGAAAUUAUGCAAAAAUGAAUUUAAUGUGACAUUAUACAAGAAUGUUGCCACGUUUCUAGAACAUUUUGCACUUUUUGUACAAUAUAUUAUGAUGUAAUUGUAAAAUAAUAUUUUGUAAGUGCUUUUGUGUGGGAUACGAACCAAAGUUACUAAAUAAUACAUUUAUACGUAAUGAUUAAAUGUGUUUGCAAUAGUUUCAUAAUUAAAAUUCAUGCUUUCAUUCAUGCAUUUUUUAUUUUGCCGCGAAGAUGUUUUUAAGUGAGAUUUAUUUUUACGUUUUUUCGAGACUGGAAGUUUGUUGAUAUUAAGAAUCUUAUUUUUAGUUUUCCAAUAUUAAGCACAAUUUUGUUAUUUUCACCAAAUUCAAAAAUAAUAACUUUAUAUAUUGUGACGAGAACUAUGAGCUUUAUUAUAUUUAUUAAAAUAAGAAUAGAUAGCUUUGUAAUAAAAUAGCUGUAAUUUUUUUAACGCUAUCAUAGUUGUUCAAAUAUUAUUUUCGAAGUGAACAUAAUAUAAGUACCUAGAAUCUACGCAAGCAGGGUAUUAUGUUAUUGCGGUUUUAAAUAGAUUCUGUGUGUUUGUCAGCUUUCGGUGUGUUGUUAAUAAUAAUACAAUAAUUAUCAUUUAUCUCCAUCCAUGUCUUAACUCCUCUAUUAAAGAUUCUGAAACAGUUAGCUUAUUGCCAACAUUAAAACACCCAACGUCCUAAUAACCAUUACAUCAUCGAAAAGAGUGUUGUAACUUGUAAUGUUGUACUGAAUUUCAUAUCAAAACACCCCUUACGUUUUUUUCGAUCCCUUCAUGCGCAAAGAGUUUCACCAGACAGCCAUAUUCUUAUUGCUCGAUGCGUGAUAUCUGUAUGAAUUUCAAAAAAAGAACAUUUUCGUUUACGCGCUUUUCAUACCAGAACGUCACGCGCCGUAAAAAAAAGGCAGUUAUUCGAAUCCCCGCCAUUUUUCUUGAAAAAAUGAGCGAUUCAAGUUUUGACAGCAAACCGCCGGAUAUUUUAAACGCUUUAAAAGAAUAUAAUAUUCAAGUGAAUUUUAAUAGUUGCACUAUACAAAAUGUAAAUUACUACUAUUUCAGAAUAUUUUAGAGGAUUCAUAUUUUGUGUAGAUAAAAUCUUGUAUGCAACUGUUGAUAAUUAGGUAUUAAAACACUCAUGUGAUUAUCACAAUAAAAUAUUAAUCCACAUUCGUGUUUUAAUACCCCUAAUUACACAACAGUUGCAUAAAUAACUAUUACAUACCUACAGCAUAGUACAUACGUAAGUAGUUUAAAAUUUAACAGAGUUCUAAAUACAGGUGAAUAAAAGUGUAACUUUAAUUAAGUUGUUCGUACCAACUUGAUUUUUCUGUUAUUUCUCUAUAAAUGUAUUUGUGAAUUAAAUACUUUUAUCAUCUAAUAUUAUACUUAUCUAAGUAUGAUAUUAAAUAUUAUUUAUUAUACGUACAUUGUUUAUUUGUCACAUAAAUAUAUUUAAACAAUGAUUAUUUUAAUUUAUUUAUAAAUACAAACAAGAAUUUUCAAGAAUUGUUAUAUUGUUUAUUAUAACGCUAUAUAUAUUUUUUUAAGUUUAGAUAAUCUUGUACGUCAAUAUAGACUGUGGCAGUUGUGAACACGUCGAAAGAAAUAGUGGCGCACUGUUAGCCUCUAUUUUCCGCAACGCACACUUACCAGUGGGAGGCUCCUUUGCACAGGAAGCCGACUAGAUUAUGGGUACCACAACGGCGCCUAUUUCUGCCAUGAAGCAGUAAUGUGUACCUAAAAAUUACUGUGUUUCGGUCAGAAGGGCACCGUAGCUAGUGAAAUUGUUCGGCAAACGAAUUCAAAACGAAUACGAAACUCAGAAAUUUUGGAUUUUUCAAGAAUCCUGCGCGGCACUGCAUUUUAAUGGGUAGGUAAAUUAAUACAAAACAAAUAUAAUUUGAUAAGUGAUCAUAUAACUUGUAAGAACCUCGUUAAAGUUGUGAUUUUCACUUAAAUUCUUAAAAAUUAUAAUUAAGUUCAUGCCAAAUUUAUGUAGCUAAUGGUAGAGUCAACAAAAAAGAGAGUUAUUGGUAAUUGAACCAACAAACGUAUGAAAAGGUUGAUUUCUUACAUAAUUUAUACGCCUAGAUAGAGCCUCUUGCUGCUGGACAACCGAUGAAAACAGGCCCGGUAUGUUAUUUAAGUGUGCCUGACAAGCUACGUUAUACACUCGGGAUUUGUAUGUCACUUUAUGUUAGUGUGCGUGUAUUGCUCGAAAAAGGGUUUAAUCGUGAACCUCAAUUUUGUGCGACUAAUUCUCAGCUGUCACAGUCUAUCUAGACGUAUAAAUAGUCAAAGGUUGAUUAUAUAAUCAAUAAACAUUGUUAAAUACGUAUGGAAUCCAUCCAAAGUUUUUGUGUUUUUAUGUCGUUGCAUCUUUUAAUUGUUUUUAUAUUUCACUAUUAAUAUAUAUGGCGGCGGACUGUCAUUGGCGAAGCGAAGGACAUCGGAAAGACCUGGAGUUAAAUUAAGAGAGACACUCAGGACGGAUCGCGAUGGAGAUGCACUGUGGAUGCCUCUGCCCCAGCUAGGGGAUACAGGAAUUUAAUGAUGAUUAAUAUAUAUAUUUUAUAUCCUAUUCGUACCCUGUGAGCAUGGACUUAGAAUAUACUGUCGUAUAGACCACCUUACCGUGACCUUACAGCUCGUUAGCUUGUGGUUUAAUAUUCAUAAUACUAAUAGCCUAAGAUCCCACCGCACGAUUCUGCAGGUACGUGUUUUUUUGAUAAAAAUAAUUUUAAAUGAACGUUUGUAUUGGAAAUAGUAAAUAUAAAACUUCAAUUUUGUAUUAAACUUAUAAAAAAAACUACAAAUUAUCAACAAAAAUAUACGUGUUUACAUCUGGCAACCUUUAUGUUGAGACUGACAAAGAGCUGGCAAACAUAUAUUUUUCAAUUCUUGAGAUAAUUUUCUUUAAAAUUACGUACAAUUUGAUGCAGUUUUCAUCAGAAAAUUUAUUAAAUUAAAGUCUAAAAUAUAAUACAGAUACUUGCGGAUAUUUUUUAUAGGCAACCUAUAGCUAAUACAUUGCACAUUCAUUUAAAAUAUAUUUACAAUACAUAAUUAUAUCAUGCACAGAAAUAAAAAAUAUAUAUACUAGAACAAUGACUCUAAAACGAAUGAAUAGCUAGACUAAUUUUUUGUCCGAGGUAAAAAUUAGUUUUAUCAAAAAAACACGUACCUGCAAAAUCGAACGGUGGGACCUUGGACUAUAAUAAUAAUAAUAAUUUUAAUUCAGAAAAAAAUCCAUAAUAAUUGUUAGUAAAAUGUCCUAAAUUAUGUAAGUAUAAUUAUAACUAAACAGGCACAUGAAGCCGCAUAAAUGCCUUUAUAAUUGGCGCAUCAUAAUGACUAGCAAUGGUUUGCAGAAUGAUGUUAGGGCUACCCCGCAACCUCUUCAGCAAUGACGCGGUUCUUUUCCGUUGCAUGGCAUGCAAGCCGUCCACCCUCGCAUCCGCGAACAUUGCCGAACACCCGGGGAUUAUCCUAACAGACGGAAAUAUAAAGUAGCUUAUUUACAAUUGUCAUUCUGUCUGCCUCAUACAGAUUCGGGUGUAUUCUUUGCGACAUUUCUUUUAAAUACAUUCCUUCAAUUUAUUUUCAAAAAAUGUCUAUUUGGACAAAGACUGUUAAAAGAAUCAAAAGAUAGCAUGUACUGUAUUAAUUAUUGUUACUAACAAUAUGUGUUUAUAAUAUAUUGUUUUAUUGAUAA